GAGAAGCAGCAGCCGCCGACAGAGGAGACCUCAGCAUCCUCGGGAGCCCAGCGCUGGCCCUGCCUCCGCCCGGCCCGCCGCCGCCGCCGCCCUUUCGGUUCCUGCUACUGUCUCACCUAAACAACUCCCAUUGAGCGGACAAGCGAAGUUCCAUGACUGUCUUCUUCUCUCCUUCCUCCUCCUCUUCCAACUCCUUCUCCUCCCACUUCCCAGCCGCUGCGGAAAGCCCCUAACCCAACUGACGCUGGCAAGGCUGUGGACAGUGUCAUCUGCACUUUAUCUCGCUGCUCAGGCUGCCCUAGGGCAAAGUUGCAGCGCUCUGCAUCUUUCUCCCCCGCCACCUCCCUCGGCCUCUGGAGCGUCCCGCCGCCCCGCAGCACUCCCCUGGAGCUGCGCCCUAGUGCCCUUGCUGGGCAGUGGCCUUCCCCCCUCGCCUCCCCAUCCUCCCGCGUCCUGCCACUGCUGCUCCGGGUAGACGAUGCUGAAGAUGCUCUCGUUUAAGCUGCUACUGCUGGCCGUGGCUCUGGGCUUUUUUGAAGGAGAUGCCAAGUUUGGGGAAAGGAGCGAAGGGAGUGGAGCGAGGAGGAGAAGGUGCCUGAAUGGGAACCCCCCGAAGCGCCUGAAAAGGAGAGACAGGCGGAUGAUGACCCAGCUGGAGCUGCUGAGUGGAGGAGAGAUCCUGUGUGGUGGCUUCUACCCCAGAGUAUCCUGCUGCCUGCAGAGUGACAGUACUGCAUUGGGACGUCUGGAGAACAAGAUCUUUUCUGCCACCAACAACACAGAAUGUGGCAAAUUACUGGAGGAGAUCAAAUGCGCUCCUUGCUCCCCACACUCUCAAAGCCUGUUUUCCUCACCCGAGAGAGACGUCCUGGAUGGAGAUCUAGUACUUCCGCUCCUCUGCAAAGACUAUUGCAAAGAAUUCUUUUAUACUUGUCGGGGCCAUAUUCCAGGUCUUCUUCAAACAACUGCUGAUGAGUUUUGCUUUUACUAUUCAAGAAAAGAUGGCGGCUUGUGCUUUCCAGAUUUCCCAAGAAAGCAAGUCAGAGGGCCAGCAUCUAACUACCUGGACCAGAUGGAGGAAUACGAGAAGGUGGAGGAGCUCAGCAGAAAACACAAACACAACUGCUUCUGCGUGCAGGAGGUCGUGAGUGGGCUGCGGCAGCCUGUGGGCGCCGUACACAGUGGGGAUGGCUCCCAUCGCCUCUUCAUUCUAGAGAAGGAAGGCUAUGUGAAGAUCCUGACCCCAGAAGGAGAGCUUUUCAAGGAGCCUUACUUGGACAUUCACAAACUUGUUCAAAGUGGAAUAAAGGGAGGAGAUGAAAGGGGCCUGCUAAGCCUUGCAUUCCAUCCCAAUUACAAGAAAAAUGGGAAGCUGUAUGUGUCUUAUACCACCAACCAAGAACGGUGGGCUAUCGGGCCUCAUGACCACAUCCUUAGGGUUGUGGAAUAUACAGUGUCCAGGAAGAAUCCCCAUCAAGUUGAUGUGAGGACAGCCAGGGUGUUUCUGGAAGUAGCCGAGCUCCACCGAAAGCAUCUCGGAGGACAGCUGCUCUUUGGUCCUGAUGGUUUUCUGUACGUCAUCCUUGGGGACGGUAUGAUCACGCUGGAUGACAUGGAAGAGAUGGAUGGGUUAAGUGAUUUCACAGGCUCCGUGCUGAGGCUGGAUGUGGACACCGACGUGUGCAGUGUGCCUUACUCCAUACCACGGAGCAACCCCCACUUCAACAGCACCAACCAGCCCCCAGAAGUGUUUGCCCAUGGGCUCCAUGAUCCAGGCAGAUGCGCCGUGGAUCGACGUCCCACUGACAUAAACAUCAACUUAACAAUACUUUGCUCAGAUUCCAAUGGGAAAAACAGAUCAUCAGCCAGAAUCCUACAGAUCAUAAAAGGGAAAGAUUACGAAAGUGAGCCGUCACUUUUAGAAUUCAAGCCAUUCAGUAACGGUCCUUUGGUUGGUGGAUUCAUCUACAGAGGAUGCCAGUCUGAAAGACUGUACGGAAGCUACGUGUUUGGAGAUCGCAAUGGGAAUUUCUUAACUCUUCAGCAAAGUCCCGUGACCAAGCAAUGGACAGAAAAGCCACUCUGUCUGGGCACCAGCGGGUCCUGUCGAGGCUACUUUUCAGGUCACGUCUUGGGAUUUGGAGAAGAUGAAUUAGGAGAAGUAUACAUUCUAUCAAGCAGUAAGAGUACGACCCAGACUCACAAUGGAAAACUCUACAAGAUCAUAGACCCGAAAAGACCUUUAAUGCCUGAGGAAUGCAGAGUCACGGUUCAACCUGCACAGACCUUGACCUCAGAUUGCUCCCGGCUCUGUCGGAAUGGCUACUACACCCCCACGGGCAAGUGCUGCUGCAGUCCAGGCUGGGAAGGAGACUUCUGCAGAAUUGCCAAAUGUGAGCCAGCAUGUCGUCACGGAGGGGUGUGUGUGAGACCCAACAAGUGUCUCUGUAAGAAAGGUUAUCUUGGUCCUCAGUGUGAACAAGUGGACAGAAGCAUCCGCAGAGUUGCCAGGGCAGGUAUUCUGGAUCAGAUCAUUGACAUGACAUCUUAUUUGCUGGAUCUUACAAGCUACAUUGUAUAGUUUCUGGGACAGUUUGAGUAUUCCUUCCUGGUGGGCAUUUAUUUGAUCUUGUCAUUAAAACGAGAGACUCUCCUCCUGCUACACACUCCCGUGAGUUCAUUCUCUUUCAGUAACUUAAAAGCAAUUUCCAGAAAUGUGCAAAUUUCAGUGUGUAUGUUGGCUGUUUGUUCACAUACACACGUCCACAUGUAUGCACACACACAAUACCGAAACUCAAGGUUUUGAGGGUUUUUUUUUAUUUUUUAAUAUCUACUUCCUAGUGUGGAGUGCGUCACACAGAAGGUCCAUUGCGGAUUGAUCACAGAAUGUUUAUGGCACCAGAAGAUAUGCUUUUAGUUCCUGGGAAAUUUCUGUCUAUGAUUACUACCGUCAACCAUAGUAGGCCUUUGAAGUGUUAUUGUGCAAUGUGGUGGAAAUAUUUUUAUAUUAAAGGUCUAUAAUAAGAGAGCAUGUUUCCAAACUCCUUGGUGAAUUUCCGAACAAGCAACUUGAUGUUAGGUUGUCAGCUUCAUUCCAUGUCUAUUACAGAAUGUUGCGCAUUUCCUGUUUUAUUUGAUAGAUCACUCUAGCUACUUCAGCUUAACCUCAAGAUGGUUUUCAAAUGUUUCAUGAUUAAAUCAGAAUGACCUAUUUGAAAAAGCAAUCUUCCUGAAUAGACCGCUUCUAUUGUAUAUUUUGUGUAACAAUAGGCACUGGGUUUGUGUUACAUAUUGAUAUUUUUUAUUUUAUUUUUAUAAUAUAGACAGCACCUAGAUGAAACACCUUUCCCCUGUCCUGUAAAAUACUAAAGUUACAUUUUCACCAGCUUAAUUGGAAAGAAGGGGAGCAGGAAAGCAAACAGCCUCUAACGUGCUAUGGAUCCAGUCUAGCAGUGUGUCCUUACGCCGCCGUGUAAUCAAGCUGGUCAGGCUGGUCAGACAGAAAAGCAAGGAAGCAGCCAGUCCUUCCAGAGCACCAGCAUUGUGCACUCGUGAAGUGCUUCCGCCACAGCCAAUCUGUCAAUCUGAGGGAUUAAAAGUUUACGGCGUGCACUCUGAAUCCACCCUCCAUGGAGAAUGACCUGCUCGUUCAUAGCCAGCUCAGGUUGUGUAAGCUGCCAAAUGCAGAUUCUUAGGAUCCUCAUUCUUGACAUCACAAACUCCCAGUGCAUAGGUCCCUUCAGGAUGCUGGGACAACCCCCUUUGGUUCUUGCCUCGAUCAAUUUCCUACAAACGCUCUGUUCAGAUUUUCUUAAAGAAAUAAUGUACUCUAAACUUAAAUUACAAGCAUCUGACAGGCAUUUUUCUUAACAGUUUUCCAUUUGCCAUCUUUCCACGUUUGGGUUUUAACAGUGUGUAAGGGUUUUUGUACUACUGAUUGUGAUAAGCACACACCCUCUACCAUGACAUCCAUUCCUCUGGAAUCCAAAUUGUAGAAUCGUAUAAGUGCUCAGCCCUGGAUGAUAUUGCACACAGGCUCCCCAUCCUCAGGAAUAUGAGUCUUAAUCCUGAAACACGAACAGCAGCCUCCCGGAGAGUAGUCCUCUGUUGUUUUCAGGGAGAGAGUUGCAAUUACAUUGUGGAUUCUAAGGAAUUCUAAGGAAUCCACAACGUAGAAUAAUUUGUUGGCUCCACUUACUCCUGUCUUCCAUAUAUGAUUACAUGGGGUUCCAAUGACCUCAUACCAAUGAAAAUGGGUUGAGAAAUCUUGGUGCUUAGUGAACAAUAGCCUGCAUUAAAAAGUGCAUGCAUAAUUGUGCACAAUUUAGCUUCAAUUGACAGUCUAUUCAGAGAAGUCUUGGGAGUAAAUGAGCAUGGAGACCAAAUUGCCCUCUUACCCCAGAAGAAGGGUGGUCCCUGCCAUCGCACCAGCUCUCCGUUGGCCCAGCACUGUGACAAAUCUCGCAAUGAACCAUGCAGUAGCCUGCAUCUGUAGGUGAAGAGCAACCCCUUGUCUCUGUGGCUUUUUCUUCAUAGUCCUUUUACUGAAUUCCAUCACAGAAAGGUUUACAAUUUAAACAAAAGGAAAAACUGCCCUGACCACUGUUGUAUGAGCUGUGGGGCUAUGUUCCGGCCGCCCCAACUCCUGGUCGCCUGGCUAGCUUUGCCCCAAAAUAAUUACAUGGACACUGUAUUCUUUUAAACACUGCUUGGUCCAUUAUAUCUAGCCUCUUCUCGGCUAACUCUCGCACCUGGACUAGCCCAU